AUGACAUUUUUGUCAACAGGCCGCUGUGACUUCUACUCCUCAAGAGAGAGGUUCCUGCCGAUGACGUUGUCUCUGAUCGGUCAGAGGAACAGUCCUCUCGUCCCAGCCCUGAGUAAGAGGAUCGUGUCGCUGACGGAGGCCGGGCUGUAUGACCAGUGGUUCAAGGACACGGUUACCAAUGGUACGAAGUGUGCUCAUCCCGCCACCAGGAUCACCGUCAGCACCACGCUCUCCCUCGCCAACCUCUGGGGCAUGUUCGUUGUUCUCGUGGGCGGCCAUGUUGUGGCUGGGAUUGUUCUCUGCCUCGAGGUCCUCUCGCAAAUCUCUUGUUCGAAGUGACCAAUCAGCGCUGUGCCGGGAAAUUUUCAGUCAACACUGUGUCUUCAGGUCAACAGUCAACACUGUCUCCAGGUCAACAGUCAACACUGUGUCUCCAGGUCAACAGUCAACACUGUGUCUCCAGGUCAACAGUCAACACUGUGUCUCCAGGUCAACAGUCAACACUGUGUCUCCAGGUCAACAGUCAACACUGUGUCUCCAGGUCAACAGUCAACACUGUGUCUCCAGGUCAGCAGUCAACACUGUCUCCAGGUCAUCAGUCAACACACUCGCUAGGUCCGCAGUCAACACAUUUACCUUUAGGGGUUUCUAUUGGCCUUGAGAGAUGAGACUGUUUGAUCUCAGACUUGCAUAAGAUGAUGAAUAAU